GCAAGCGCACGUCGUUCAGCGCCGAGCAGCUGCGCUUGCUGGAGCUCGUCUUCCGCCAGACGGCGUACCCCGACAUCCGGCUGCGCGAGCGCCUGGCCGUGCGCACGCGGCUGCCCGAGGCGCGCAUCCAGAAUGUAGCCCAGACUGGGUUCCAACUUGUGAUCCUCCUGCCUCAGCCUCCCAGAGUGUUGGCAUUACAGGUGUGGUUCCAGAACAGGCGGGCCAAGUCCCGGAGACAGAGUGGGAGAUCACUUCAGUCUGCAGCCAGGCGGGAGCUUCUCCUCCACCCAUCAGCUCCUGGGGCUGAGGCAAAGGGUUUGAAGCCGGUUCCACCACCACCGCAGCCUCCUCUGCAGGCAGACCUGAGCUGUCUGCCCCACCCCAGCUGGGCUGCAGGGGGCAGCUCUGACUGUCUCUCCCAAGCCCAGAAUUUUGAAACCUAUUCUGCUUUCUCUGAAGACAUGGGCUCAAAGCUGGACUCGUGGGAGGAGCAUAUCUUUUCCACCUUUGGUAACUUUUGAGAAUUCUGAGAGCACUGGGGAUAAGCUCAGAGGGUCAAUCACAGCUGGGAAGCACUGGAGCGCUGGCCCAGCUGGUUCUCCUGUCAGCAGGUCCCUGUUGAGCCUGGUGACAGUGGACAGCUGCUCUCACUGUGGAAGCUUCCUCCUCUUGUGCCAGUGACUCCCCACAGCCGUCUCCACAGCCACCCCUCCGCCCAGGGCCCUGUGUUCCCUCCGGCCUCUGUCUCCAGCUCUGUGCCAAACACAGGCUAUGUCCCAUGCCCACUUGCUGAGCCCACUGUGAUUUUUGGACUGGUUGUUCAGAACUUGUGUUCUUUACAGGAACCCUUCAGCUUGGCUCAGUUUCUCUUUGUGCCUGUCAGCGCUGCCUUCUCACAGUCCCACCGGGGCAUUCUCACCUGUGUCAUCUACCCUAUGCUGUUGCCGGGAGUUCUUCCUUUAUUUGGAUGUUUAUGAGUGUGUAUUUACAGUGCGUGAGGGAGUCAAUAUGCGGGUGCGCCAUAGUGCAGUUCUUUUACUCACACUUCCUCCCCCUUUCUCUGUCUCUUGUUUUUUCAAAAUGAGUUAUCUUUUUAAUGUACAAGUAAAAAUUGUAUCUCAUACAACAUGAUGUCUUGACAGGGAAAUGGCUAAAUUGAGCAGUUUAACAUGGAUGACUCGGACUUCCUGUUUCGUGAGGAGAGCCUGUCUCCUGUCUCAGCCCCUGCUGACUGCGUAAUACGUUAACUACAGUCGUGAUGGACAGCAGCGCUCCUGAACAUUUUUUCCUAACUGGGAUUCGGUGUCCUUGGGCCAGUGUCCCCUAUGCGUUUCAUUUGGCCUGUCACCUUUGCGCUUGGUCACCAGUGACAUGUUCCAGAUUCUCUGAGGAACCACUUGCUCCUCCCUGUCACUUUAAGGGUUACUUUAGAAAUCUGUAUUGGCCGAGAUCUAGUUGCUGUCAGAUCAUCAGUCCGUCCAGAUAGGUGAUACCAUCUUUAACACGAGGGACAGCUGUUCGAAUCUUAGGGUUCCCCGAGUAUGCAGGGUAUCCCUCUGUCUCAGAGUGAUUUCUUCCUUUUGGACCAAAGUAAGGCCUUUGCUCUUUCAGAUCCCUUGAGGACCUGCCCUUUCUACAGCCUGUGUUUUGUGUCUGUUACUUUGAUCAGUCAACACCACCCUUAGCACUUGUGAUUCUAUUUCCUGUGCCACACAAGCGGAUUAUUAAAUGUUUUCCACGAAUGUCUCAGCGUAACUUCUGUUUAAGUGACUCUGCCCUUUGCACAGCUGUUGGCAUGGCAAGUCGCUCAGCGAUCAUGCGGUGAUCCUGCAGCAUGUAAUUGUGUGGGUGUGAGAGGCCUGGGGCUGGUGAAUCUCAGUGCAGGAGCUUGUGUGGGCCUUGUGUGAGGUCUGCUUGACCUCUAAUACACAGACAAACAGAAAUAAGAGCUGUUCCUUCAAAUGUUUUCAGCCAGCAAUCAGCAUAUUAUCAGGUCACUGCAUUUGAGAACUUUACCUUGAUUAAAAACACAUUUUUGCAUGUCUAAAA